CAGAAAACGUUAGACAACGAUUACAUUUUCAUUCACCAUGAUGUCGCCUUGUACGCUAAGAAUAUUAGCAGGAUGGACAAUCACAAUUUUAGUUUGUGUAUCGUUUACUUCAUCCGCAAUGCUACCAAAAUCGAAUGUUGAUGUUUUAAACAGGUUGGUAAGAGAGAAGUUAUUCAUGAAGGUAAUACCUGAAUUGGAGAAUGUCCUUACUACAAUUAAGGGAGUACAAGCGUCGACAAUGGCUUGUAAACAAAAUAUUAAAAGAAGCUAUACACCAUGUGCCAAUUGCAUAGAAAACCAAUGUGCUCGUCGAUACACCGAAUGCAAGAUUCAAUCAAGGAAGAAAGUCAACUUGUGUGACAUCGUGGAAUAUGACCAGAGGGCGAUAUGUUCAUUGACUGUCAAUACUGAAAAAUUCAUGCUUAAUGUUGUCAAAGAUAUAAAAAAUAAACUAGGAGCAAAUCUGCGGUAUGCUAUCUAUGACAUGGGGUCCCUGGUGGAGAAGUUUAUUGUAAAAAUGGGUAACUAUGCAAACGGUUGGAAUUCGAAUGCUGCCUUUGCUGUUAAGAAUGCUAUAAAGCAGAUUCAGACUCGAUAUAACAUAGAAAAUGAACGUUGGGUGUCUGAUAUAAAUUUCCUUUCGCCAGAGGAAGAAAUUUUGAGGGAUAUGGCAUCAGCAAUUAACCUUGGCAUGAAUAAGCUUGGAGCCAGUGUACCAAACACAGGAUCUUUUUCGUAUGACCUCUCAAGAACCCUUGCUGAUUUACUUAGCGUGCAUUUCAAUCUUGGGAGAAAGAAAAGAUCUCUUGCAUGUAAAACACUUGCCACAGGGUCGACGUCAUGUCUGUUUUUUCGUAAAAAUUGCGGUUCGUGCAUGAGAGCUCCGACCUCUAACUCGUUGAAUGUUGCGUGUGGUGUUGGCUAUGUAGCUAGCACCAAGCGUUUGGUAGAUUCAUUGACAAGAACGACGCAGAUAUUUGAAGACGUUCUCUCCCGGAUUGGAUUUGUUCAGUCGGCGUUUUAUACCACAAAAUCUUUACAAGGUCAAGAAAUCAAAUUUCCAAACACGAAAUUUACUGCCUCUAUCCAAGGGAAACCGACAUUGGUCUAUGCGGAUUUCUACGUGUUCAAUAUGCCAAAAACAGCAGGAGAACUGGCCAAUAAGAUCUGGGCUGAAUGGCAAAAAACAGUUUAAUCUGAAAAAAUCAUGAAAGACUUGUGUGUGCAUUUGAAAGACAACCGAAAUCAAAUUGAUCAGUAUAAAAUAAAAACCAGUACAUUUGCAUA